GAAUCACAGCGUCUGACCCGCGAAAUGCUCUUCGCAGAACUUGGACAUUCCUCUUGGUUCGGAAGGAAGGCUCUCUGGUCUGGCAGCACAUUUUCUUUGGGUACCACUCCACCUCAGGGUGACAGCCUCCAUUUAGAGCAGUCAGAAGACGAGUCAAGUCACACUGGAGGCAUAUAAAAAGGACGAAUGGACCAUGGCCACCCCGACAGAACUUGACACAUGGAGUACAAUCAGGACCUCCCCAAAGGCAAUCCCUUGAAGCCGGUCUACUGCUGGGGCCACAAAGCUCUCCCAGCACAGCGCGGUGUGGUCACAUACGCAGUCUCGCCGAACAGGCUGAACCCGCUGGCCGGCGCCGUCCACAGCGCCGUGUUCAACACGUACCGUCGAACAAAGAACCAGGUGCUGUACUGGAUCCCGCCGCUCAUCGUGGCAUAUCUGCUGAUGGACUGGGCCAAUCGACGGAACGAAUACCUCAACUCCAAAACCGGCAGGGCCGAGACCGCUGGAGGUGACUGAUGGAAGGCGAUUGAUACCAUGCCAGUUUGCGUGCGAGAGCGACAAGGAGACUGCACACGAGAGGAUCUUGGAAAGAACCAUCGUCGAGAUCUACCGCCUGAUCGAUUCAAUCUCGCAGGCUGAAUUGCCACGACAAAGGCGUUGAGAAUGAUUUGCAGUGUCUCGUCUCAUUGAAUCCUAAUUAUAUCAACACAAUCAUGCAGAACUCGACCCGACCUGUUUUACUUUUCCUAGGACCAGAAACACAGCUCGCGCUCUCCGUCGCUUCGCUCGUUUCCUCAUGUGUCCGAGACGAAUCGCCAGUCCCUUUUCGGCCCUGUUUGCUAC